AUGAAAAUCAAGAAAUCAGAGCAAGAAAGACUAAAUCCUCGCAAUGUUGCUGGUUUUCGAGGAACGGUCCGUUACGCUUCAGUGAAUGCACAUAAAAACCGAGAGAUGGGUAGGCAUGAUGAUCUGUGGUCCCUCUUCUACAUGUUGGUGGAGUUUGCAGUCGGUCAGCUUCCAUGGAGAAAGAUCAAAGAUAAGGAGCAAGUUGGCAUGAUAAAAGAAAAGUAUGAACAUCGAAUGCUGUUAAAACAUAUGCCUUCAGAGUUCCACCUUUUUCUGGAUCAUAUUGCAAGCUUAGACUACUUCACCAAGCCAGACUAUCAGCUAAUCAUGUCCGUGUUUGAGAACAGUAUGAAAGAAAGAGGCAUCACUGAAAAUGAAGCUUUUGACUGGGAGAAGGCUGGUACAGAUAUCUUGUUGUCCACUAGCACUUCUACUCCACCACAGCAAAACACCAGGCAAACAGCAGCCAUGUUUGGGGUGGUUAAUGUCACUCCAGUACCAGGAGAUUUGCUUCGUGAGAACACCGAGGAUGUCCUUCAGGGUGAACAUCUGAGUGAUCAAGAGAAUGCUCCUCCCAUCCUGUCGGGCCGGCCAGCAGAAGGUCUUGGCCAGACACCAAACACUGCUUUCAAUGAGGCUGAAGUUUGGGAAGAGACAGAUGUGAAUCGCAACAAACUCAGGAUCAGCAUCAGCAAAACUCAGUGCAUGGUGGAAGAAGACCAGAGAAAUGGGGUCUGUCCCAGCUCCCCUGUCCGAGUGCCUCCAGAGUCCCCUACUGCACAAGCGCGCUCCCUACGAUAUCGCCGUGUGAACAGCCCUGAGUCAGAACGCCUCUCUACAGCUGAUGGCAAAGCAGAUCUACAUGAAAGAAGGUUUGCUUACCCUCUGUAACCUCCUGCUACUUGUAGCAGUGCCUCGAUUGACUGUUGAGGCCAACCUGAUCUUUAGAUAAAUGGGCACUGAAAGGAGGAGUCAGUGCCUGUGGGCUUUGCGACCUUUGUGAUGGGAUGUUCUUGUCUGUUAAUAAGGCCUGUUAGUGGGAAGGGUUCCUGGGUGGGAAUAAUUCCACAGGUAAAGAGUGGGGCAUUUGUUGGAGAAAAAGCGAAGUAUUAGAUCAGAGAUGAAGUUAAUAGUCCUGAAGCUUUUUGCUGACCCUAGAUGGGAGGGAUGAAUGGAUCUAGUUAGGAUACAUACGGAGAUGCGUGUAUUUUAAGAGCUAGCUGACAGAUUCUCAUCUGGUGAGUUUCAUUAUUUCAUUUGCCAGACUUGUGGUGGAAGCCCCAUC